UAGUUGUUACAUUCCAGGCAAUAACACUGAUUACUAAUUACAUUUACUAAUCAAAUCUUCUUCCAUUUUAGGGAAAAAGGGAAAUUAGAAAAAUAGGAUCCAACAGGGAUGCUCUUACUAACUGAAUAUAAGAGACAAAGCUCAGAUUCCUAUCCAAUUCCAUGCACGUUUGCCACUCACCUCCAUCACCGCUGACACCUUCUCGUUCGUCGUCUCGGCGGCAUGUGCUGAUCUCGCGGCCGGAAACACGCGGUCAUGGUGGUGAGUUUUUGCUCCUCCUCCUCCUGUAUUUGUUUUCUCCGUUAGAGGGGCGAAUACCGACGGCUAAACUGGAGUUUGGAGGAUCACUUUCUGUUCAUGGAUGAGCUGUGAAAGAUAAACUACUUUGUUGAGAUGGACCCUCUUAAUAAUAGCACCGCCCAAAACAUACAUGGAGGUUCCAAUAUGGUUGGGAAUGAGAAAUGCCAACUUUAUUUGCUUUUCCAUGAAGAAACUAAGCUUGGUAAUGGUUUGCAGGGAUUCUUGUAUUUUGUUGCUCUUGCCUACUGUUUCAUAGGCUUAUCAGCUAUAACUGCUCGUUUCUUCCGGUCUAUGGAAAAUGUUGUCAAGCAUACUCGGAGAGUCGAAGAGAUAGAUCCUUGCACUAAUACCAAAAUUGUCAAACACAUAAAGGUUUGGAAUUACACCAUAGCUGACAUUACUCUUUUGGCAUUCGGGACUAGCUUUCCCCAGAUUUCUUUGGCCACCAUUGAUGCCAUAAGGAAUCUUGGGAACUUGUAUGCUGGAGGUUUAGGUCCUGGAACACUUGUUGGUUCUGCUGCUUUUGAUUUAUUUCCAAUCCAUGCUGUUUGUGUUGUGGUUCCUAAAGCUGGAGAACUCAAAAAAAUAUCAGACAUUGGAGUCUGGCUUAUAGAGCUCUUUUGGUCUUUCUGGGCUUACAUCUGGCUAUAUAUAACUUUGGAGGUAUGGACACCGAAUGUCAUUACUCUCUGGGAAGCUUCAUUGACGGUACUGCAAUUCGGGUUACUGCUAUUACAUGCCUAUGCCCAAGAUAAGCGUUGGCCCUACUUGUCUCUGCCACUAUCAAGAAGUGAGAGGCCAGAUGACUGGGUACCAGCAGAAACUGCUUCAUACAAGGAUAAAAACACGGCUCCUUAUAAGUACUCUGAAAUCCUUGAAGAUGAAUAUGGAAAUGGGAGCAUUGUUGACAUUUUCUCUGUCCAUGAUGGUAACAGAGAUUAUGAAUAUCAAAACUUGCCUGACAAUGACGUUGCUGAGUCCUCAGACCAGACUCGAGAUGAGGUUCCUGAGGGAGAUGAUUUGCUUUCAAUCUGGAAGCAGCAGUUCAUUGAUGCAUUUAUGUUGGAGAGCCCAGAAUCAAGAAAAUUGAAUAACACAUGCCUACGGGUAGCAAAGGCUUUCUGGCAGUUGCUACUUGCACCAUGGAGAAUUCUGUUUGCUUUUGUACCUCCUUAUCAGAUUGCUCAUGGAUGGAUUGCUUUCAUUUGCUCUCUUAUUUUCAUAAGUGGGAUAGCUUACAUUGUCACGAAGCUUACAGAUCUAAUAAGCUGUGUCACAGGUAUUAAUGCUUAUGUCAUAGCAUUUACAGCGUUGGCUGCUGGAACAUCGUGGCCAGAUUUAGUGGCAAGCAAGAUUGCAGCAGAGAGGCAGAUAACAGCUGACUCUGCUAUAGCGAAUAUCACUUGCAGCAAUUCAGUGAAUAUUUAUAUUGGCAUUGGCGUACCCUGGCUUAUCGACACAUUGUACAACUUCUUCGCGUACAACAAACCAUUGAAGAUAGAGAAUGCAGCUGGCCUCAGCUUCUCCUUACUUGUGUUCUUUGCUACAUCUGUGGGUUGUAUUGGAGUUUUGGUGUUUCGGCGUCUUACUCUGGGUGCAGAGCUUGGAGGUCCAAAAGUUUGGGCCUGGGUUACUUGUGUUUAUUUCAUGUUGCUGUGGCUUAUUUUUGUUGUAUUGUCCUCUUUACGAGUUUCUGGCUUCAUUUGAGUAUUUUAUUUUGCUCGAGUUCAUUUACUUCGAAAUAAGGUUGUAAUAGACGUAUAUGCAAUUUGUUUGGAAGGAAAGAAUAUACUUACAUGAACUCUUUUCAAAUAGUUAACAAAUAACUGUUGUAGCACUGGUUCAGCAACUCACGAAAGAGGAGAAUACUAACGGUCCAAAGGAACAGGGCGGUAGGGGGUGUGAGUUAGGAAGACGCUCCAAGAAUAUUUAUUUGGAAUCUGAAGGGUAUGGCGAAAUGAAAUUUGUCUACCACAUUCAUCAAUGAUAGACAUUCAGAACACUCGGAACUAACUGCCUCAGUUGUAACACAAUUACAACUCACAAUGGUCACUCAUUUUGCUGGUGAAAUGCAACGUCAUUACAAACAGCCAAUGGUCAAUAGAUCUGACUGAUUGAUAACAUACAAAGGAGAGUCCAUCGUCUUAGAGACUUGCGAAUUUUAGUUUUCAUCUAUUUCCUACUCAGGCAGCUGCACCUGUACAAGCUGUGGCUGGUGCAUAACUCUGUUGCUUAGCAGUACUGUAUUUCCUGGUGAUGAAUCUG